GGUAAUAGUAAUUUUGCAACAAUGUCAGAUGUCAUAUCAAAUGUAAAGCGUUACUUUUCUACUUUUCUAUGGUUCUAAGAAAAUUUAAGAAAUAAAAUCUUGACACAAUGAAGCACAAUGAUAGUUUUGUAAGUUGGCAAGCAGUGUGGUGGAUGUUUACAAUAAUUGGCCUACCAGUAGCUCUCCCUUGGAUAUUCUUUAAUUUUAUGAAUACUAUUUCAAUGAAGAAAAAAAAAGCAGCUCUCAAUGGAAAGGUUGUUUUGAUAACUGGUGCAAGCUCAGGCUUAGGUGAGGCAUUAGCUCGUGUAUUUUACAGCUAUGGUUGUAAACUAAUUUUGGUUGCAAGAAGAAAACCAGAAUUACAAAGAGUCAAGGACACAUUGUUAAGCACUCAUCAUACUGUUCCGACCCAUGUUCCUAUCAUUAUUUCCAUAGAUUUAGCUGAGAUUCAUUCAUUACCAUCUGAGGUAGCAAAAGUUCUGGAAAUUUAUGAAAAAGUAGAUGUUCUUAUCAAUAAUGCUGGUAUAUCGUACAGGGGUGAAAUCCUUGACACCAAAACCGAUAUCGACGUCAAAGUAAUGUUAAUUAACUAUUUUGGUCAAGUUGCUUUGACUAAAGCCGUUUUGCCGUCAAUGGUUAAACAAAAUUGCGGACACGUUGUCUGUAUAAGUAGUAUACAGGGAAAAAUAGCUAUUCCAUUUAGAUCAGCUUAUGCGGCCUCAAAACAUGCUCUGCAAGCUUGGUGUGACACUGCAAGAGCUGAACUUGACACAAAAAAAAUCAAAGUGACCGUUGUCAAUCCUGGUUACAUAAAAACUUCUUUAUCUUUAAAUGCAGUCACAGGAAGUGGUGAAAAAUACGGAAUUAUGGAUGAGACGACCGAGAAGGGCUAUCCACCUUCAGAAGUUGCGGAAAAAAUACUAAAUGCUGUUUUGAGAGGAGAUGAGGAAUUAACUAUUUGUAAUUUCUCACAAAGGGUUGCGAUCUUAAUAAGAGUAAUGUGGCCUUCAGCAUAUUUCUGGAUUAUGAAAUACCGCGCUAAGAAGUUAAGAAAAAAUAAGUGA